UCUUUGUAGGGUUUUCCUCCGCCGUUCUUACUCAACAACAAAAGCUUGGAAGAACCGUAAGGAGGUGCAAAAAAUGGCCCCAAAGAGAGGUGGAAAGGCGGCUGUGCCCGCCAAGAAGAAACAAGAGAAGGUUGUCAAUCCAUUAUUUGAGAAGCGUCCAAGGCAGUUCGGUAUUGGAGGGGCUCUACCCCCAAAGAAAGAUUUGCAUCGAUUUGUGAAGUGGCCUAAGGUCGUUCGCAUUCAAAGGAAAAAGAGGAUCCUUAAGCAGAGGUUGAAGGUGCCACCAGCAUUGAACCAGUUUACCAAGACUCUUGAUAAGAACCUUGCAACAAGCCUGUUCAAGUUGCUCCUCAAGUACAGGCCAGAGGACAAGGCAGCCAAGAAGGAGCGUCUCCUGAAAAGAGCCCAGGCUGAGGCUGAAGGAAAGGCUCCAGAGUCUAAGAAACCAAUUGUUGUGAAAUACGGACUUAACCAUGUUACCUACCUUAUUGAGCAGAAUAAGGCACAAUUGGUUGUUAUCGCUCAUGAUGUGGAUCCCAUAGAGUUGGUAGUCUGGCUCCCUGCUUUGUGCAGAAAGAUGGAGGUCCCUUACUGCAUUGUCAAGGGGAAAGCACGUUUGGGAUCGAUUGUCCACAAGAAAACUGCAUCUGUCUUGUGCUUAACCACAGUUAAGAACGAGGAUAAGUUGGAGUUCAGCAAAAUCCUCGAGGCUAUCAAGGCAAACUUCAACGACAAGUAUGAUGAGUACAGGAAGAAGUGGGGAGGUGGUAUCAUGGGCUCCAAGUCACAGGCCAGAACUAAGGCAAAGGAGAAGCUUCUUGCAAAAGAGGCUGCCCAGAGGAUGACUUAGGAAUACCAUUGUUUCCUUUCAAAGUAACUUUAGUUGUGUUU